CGAACGCGAAGCUCGAAGCGAAGCACACAGAGAUGGAUCCGGUAACCAAACCUAAGAAUGUGUACCACAUUGGGGGCAUCGCAGUGGAAUUCCCGUACCAACCCUACGGUUCUCAGUUGGCAUUCAUGGGCAGAGUCAUCUCCACGCUGGAUCGAGCUCAAAGGGACGGUCACUGUCACGCCUUGCUCGAGUCGCCGACUGGAACUGGAAAAUCUCUCUCGCUUCUUUGCUCGGCUCUCGCUUGGCAACAGAACUACCGGUCCAGGGCUCUCACUGCCAAUCCCGCUCACUUGAAGCCUGCGCCGGAGGCCUCCAUCGAUCCCUUAGCUUAUGGCGGUGGAUUUCUUCCUGAAACUCAGCCUUCAGCUUCAGGAAAUCCAGAGCCAGCUCCGUCUGCAACAAACAACAAUUCUAAAAAGAAAAAGACAGUACCUACCAUUUUUUAUGCCUCGAGGACACAUUCACAAAUUACUCAGGUGAUUCGCGAAUACCGGAAAACAACUUACCGGGUGCCAAUGUCAGUGUUGGCAUCAAGGAAGCAUUACUGCACAAACAGGCAUGUACAUGGCAAAGACAAUAUCAAUGAAGAAUGCAAGUUGCUUCUAGACAACCAAGAAGUAGGAUGCUCAGAAUUCAAAAAUGUGCAUAAAGUCAAAGGUCACUCAUCUCUUAAGAAAGGAGGUUGCAACGAAGUCCAUGACAUUGAAGAUCUUGUGAAAGUUGGAUACGACGUGAAAGGUUGCUCAUACUUUGCUGCACGUUCUAUGGCAGAUGAUGCACUGUUAGUUUUUUGCCCAUACAACUACAUUGUUAAUCCAAUCAUCCGCAAAGCAAUGGAAGUGGAUAUAAGUGGGGCCAUUAUCAUUCUUGAUGAGGCACAUAAUAUAGAAGACAUUGCUCGUGAUGGAGGUAGUGUGGAUAUUGAUGAAGAUGCUUUGUAUAAACUGCAGACAGAAUUAGGGCAAUUGACUUUUGUGGAUUCAACAAUUUACCAACCUUUACAUGAAAUGAUUCAGGACGUAAUAAGUUGGAUGGAACAGAGGAAAGAUACCUUGGAAAAACGUGAAUUUCAGCAUUAUUUCUCAUGUUGGAGUGGUGAUAAAGCUUUAAGGGAGCUCCAAGAAGCAAACAUUACACGGCAGUGCUUCCCUAUAUUGCAAGAUUGUGCCACAAAGGCAAUUAAAGCUGCUUCAGAUGCAGAGCAGGAGGUAGCCCAUUUAACUGGCAUGUCAGCUACAACAUUGGAAGGGUUGUUCUCUUCACUUAAUUACUUCUUCUCUGGAAAUGGGGUCCACAUAUAUGAUUAUCAGCUUGCAUUACAACGAUAUGUUAAAAGAGAUGCUGGGAAUGCUGCAGCAGGCUGGACUCAUACUUUGAAUUUGUGGUGCCUGAAUCCAGCUGUUGUCUUCAGAGAAAUUGCUGAUCUUUCUUUAUCAGUGAUUCUCACAUCUGGGACCCUAUCCCCAAUGAACUCCUUCUCAUCUGAACUAGGGGUUCAGUUUGGAACUUCUCUGGAAGCUCCACACGUGAUAGAUGUUGAGUCACAGCUGUGGGUCGCUGUAGUCCCUACUGGUCCUGGUAAUUAUCCGUUGAAUGCAAGUUAUAAGACUGCUGAUAAAUAUGCCUUCCAGGAUGCUCUAGGCACAUCUUUGGAGGAAAUAUGCAAGAUUGUUCCCGGUGGUUCUCUUAUUUUCUUCCCUAGUUAUAAGUUGAUGGAGAAACUAUGCAAUCGUUGGCGUGAAACAGGUCAAUGGUCUCGACUAAAUGCUCGAAAAUCCCUUUUUGUUGAGCCAAGAGGAGGAAGCCAAGAUGAUUUUGAGCAUGUUUUGAUGGGUUAUUAUGAUUCAAUUCGUCAAAGAAAAAAGCCUGUUCUUGGAAGAAAGAGAAAGGGUAAAAAACUUGGACUUAGUAACUGUGAUACAAUGGAGUGUGCAGAGAAUCCUACAGGAGGCGCUGCUUUUCUGGCAGUUUGCCGAGGAAAGGUUUCAGAAGGAAUUGAUUUCUCUGAUGAAAAUGCUAGAGUGGUUAUAAUUGUGGGCAUUCCCUUUCCAAACAUAAAUGACAUUCAAGUUGCUCAAAAGAAGAAAUAUAAUGACACAUAUAAAUCAUCUAGAAACCUUCUAAGUGGGAACGAGUGGUACUGUCAUCAAGCCUUUCGAGCUCUCAACCAAGCUGCAGGCCGUUGUAUACGACAUAGGUUUGAUUAUGGAGCCAUCAUCUUACUAGAUGAGCGUUUUCGUGAAGAAAGGAACAUAACAUACAUUUCAAAGUGGCUAAGGAAAUCCAUUAGACAGUAUGACAGCUUCGAUAAGUCACUUGAGGAAUUAAAAUCAUUUUUCAGAGAUAUAAAGGAACGGGUUGGCAAAGAGGAUGUUAAUAUUGCACAGAAUUCUGAUGUUAAUGUGGACGAUAUCUCUGCUAUGAAUCAGGGAAAAUGGUUCACAAGAAAAAAAAAUCAGAAAGUGAACAAAACUAGUAAGUGUGGAUCAAAAUUAGUUUCAAACAGCAUGAUGUCAAUGGAAAAAACUGCCAGGUUAUGCCAUUCUCCAACUUUUGCUCCAAAGUAUGAUGCCACAUUAAUCCAAUCAGAAUCUGAAGACUGUGUAGAAGUUCAAACAUUGCUGCCAGAUGAAAAAAAUAUUCGCAGUUCCAGAGAAUACGUUGACCUAGAAUGCAGUUUCCAGAACAACUUCAGGUGCUCUGGGGCUUUAUCAAUGGCAUUUUCCCCUGACGAUGAAGUAUCCAUUGUCAAGGAAACCCCUAGUAUGGAUGCCAGUCUCGCUCUAACUAGUUCAGGAUCCUUCCCCAAUGAUGAAGACUCUAGUUCAACAAUAAUUCAGGUCCCUACCGAGUUUCCGGACCAGUUAUUAUUACAUUCCACAUCCCCAUCAAAUUCAAAUGCAGGUCCUGCUAAAUCCUAUUGUUCAUUGGUGGUCACUCCCCAAAAAAAUGUCAAUGCAGAUACAGAAUCUGUCUUGAAUUUGAGUGUCAAUUCUCAUACCCAGAAAAAGAGAGAGCCUUUAUUACGGUCAACAUUAAUUAACCUUACCCAACCGGGAGAAUUCGAUGCUCCUGCUCCCAGAAGUCUGGGACAUGUUAGUUUUAUGGCAAGUUCCACAACAAAUAAAGAUGCAAAUAAUAGAACUGAAUUUGGUUUGGAGACUAGCCAUCCUCAAAAUGAAUUCAUGAUGUCUUCAAGUCAUGUUAUGGACAAGAGACUGCAAAUUCUUUGCUCACUCUGCAGGAAUCCAUUGGGCCUUCCUGAGAACCAUUUAUAUGUUAGUUGCUCCAUAACAUCCUCAUCAAAAGUCCAAUUGACAACUCUUUUGAAAAAAAGGUCUGGAGAUCCUGCUGAGAAUACAUCGACCAGUGUUCCUGUUGCGAUAUCUGAUAUAUCAUCAGUUGAUCAGCGGCUCUGUAAUAGAGCUUAUGAGGGCGCUGCAGGACAGGGAAUUUGGUGUAGAGAAGAUGGAUGUGUAUUCAAUACUGUGUUCUGCCCCUUCUGCAGUAACCCUGGCAAUUGUCUUGGUGUACAGGUCAUGGCAACUGAUGCAUCAAAUGUUCAAUUACUUAACAAGAUAUUGUUUUAUCUUGAUCGUUUGGAAAUAAAGAAUCUUGAAGCAUCAAAGGAAAAGGAUUUACCACCAGUUCGUGGCUCAAGUGUAGGUAAUUGUGCAGUUCCCAUGUCAAUUGAGAAAUUCUCAUACAUCCCACCUCAGCAGAACUCUGAAGGUUGGAGGACUACAAAAUCAAGGCAGAUGCGAUUGCCAAAGAAAGGGCUGCUUCCUACCACAGGGGACUGAGGUUGAACCUAGAAAAGAUUGUGAGAGAUUUAUGGUUUUGUGUAAUAUAAAAGGAUUAUACAGGGCGCUUGCCAUUAUUAGUGCCAUCAAAAUGCUUGAAAGUUGGUGUGAGAUAGAGAUCUUUUCUGAUGGGAGGUUUUUGAGAGGGAAGCAUGCGUUGUAAAUGACACUGGAGUAAGUUAAAUUUUUUAUGCCACCUUGACCUAAUGGGUUAUUUGACCUCGCAGUUUGCUGC